GAAAAAUUAUACAUUAUACAUGAAGAGAGUGGUGGACUUACAGAUGAACAGAUUACAGCACUAAGAAGGUAUAUGCCAACACCAAAAGAUGUGGAAAGGUACCAGUCCUUCAGGGGGUCCCCUUCGGAGCUGCAUAUAGUUGAUCAGUUUAUGUUAGAGAUGUGUAAAAUCUCGCAUUUAGGCCAGAGGCUGGAUCUCCUGCUUACCAUACGUGAGCUCCCUGUGAACAUAAGAGACUUGGAGCCUUUAAUAAACCAGAAAAUCCAAGCAAGUAAGCAGCUGCAGUCCAGCCAGAAAUUUAUCGCUGUCUUGGAGUACAUUUUAGCCAUUGGGAACCUUUUAAAUGAAAAGGCAGGAAAAGAGAAGGCUAGAGGAUUUCGAUUGUCAUCUUUGAUGAAAUUGUCUCUGUUGCGGGGUAAGGAGAGGACAUUCACCUUGCUUCAUGCCCUUGUGGAGCAGAUCUUCUUACAUGAGCCUGAUUUGGCUAAAUUUUCCCAAGAGCUGACAGAAUUUGAAGCUGUUCCUGACGCUUCCAUGAAAGGACUUAGUGCUGAAGUUGAUGUUUUAAAAAAGGAAUUGGAAAAUAUUACUCAGUGCAGGCGGCUUAUCAAACCCAAGAUGAUCAAGGCAACACCUGAGGAAUCACAGUUCUGCAAGGAGCUGAAGGAUUUAAUUCAGAAGUAUGAAGGGGACCUUACCAUGCUGACAAAAAGAUGUGAUGAAAUGAAGAAGCUUUAUAGUGACAUACUGGUAAAGUUUGGGGAACCACAAGAUCUAGACUCUCAGGAACUGUUUGGAUGGAUAUCUUCGUUUAUUCGUGAGUUUAGGAAGGCGUGUAUUGAUGUCAUGCCAUAAAGACAACACAACUGUUAC